AAAAUAAAAGGGGAGAGAGAGAGAAAGAGAAAGAGAAAGAGAGAAGAGGAGACUACACUGCUCCAUCGUCUUCUCCUUCUGGGGAAUUUUUUUUUUGGAAAAAAAUCAGUCUGUUACCUUUGUUUUGCCAUUACUCAAACCCUAACCCUAAUUUUCUUAAUCACAGAGAGGUUUCUUCGGAUUUUUCCAAAUUCGCUAACUUUUUUUUGUUUUUCCGGGGGGUGUUAAAUCGAUUAAUCGUUAUUUUAGAUACUGUCGAUCGGAAGCUAAUCGACUCUCUAACAAACCCUAAUUUUUUUUUUUUUUUUUUUUGUGUCGUCCUCUGACCAUGGCUUCCGCCACUUCCAAUAGCUCUAUUUCUUCUUCUAUGUCUCCUCGUCGUAUGACCGAGAAUCACGGUAGCCCUAACGCUGCCGUUUCACAAUCGCCUCGCCGUCCUUCUCGGCUGGUUUCUUCUCCGUGGACUCAAAUCGUCCGAGGCGAAUCAGAGCCGAUCGCCGCCGCCGCCGUAGCUGCUCCUUCCUCUCCUCAAUCCAGGGCUCCGAUCGAGCCGGUUGCUUCUGUCUCCGCUUCUGCUACGCCUGAUUCUGUUUUGACGGUGGAGGCGGCUGCUCGAGAUGAGAAAUCGGAAGAAUCUGGUGGUCUGGGUAAUGCGGGAAAGAAACCAGUUUGGAAAAGGCCGUCUAAUGGGGCUUCUUCUGAGGGCGGACCUGUCAUGGGAGCUUCGUCCUGGCCUGCUCUUUCUGAGACUACCAAAGCUCCUUCCAACAAGUCUUCUUCUGAUUCGUUAAAAAGUCUCGGUGAUGUACCAUCGUCGUCAUCACCAUCACCAACUGUCCCUGUUUCUCAGGGAAUUGCAAAUGCUCCUGUUCCUGCACCAAAGCAAGCUGUCCGUGCAAACCCUAAUCCAACUCCAAAUCAUUCGCGCCAGAGAUCAUUUAAACGGAAUGGCGCUUCUGGAUCCGCUAAUGGUACUGUUUCUCAACCAUCAGUGCAAGGUUCAUUUGCCGAAUUGCCUUUGCACAGCCCUUCUCCUAGAGGCCAACACCAGAAAAAUGGCUUUGCAUCACAAACCCAUGGUGGUUCUGACAACCUACCACAACGGGACUCCUACAGGAACCAAAAUGGUAAUCAUCACCAAAGUCAUGGUGGCCGGCGUAAUCAGGAGCACGGGAAUCAGAAUUGGGGUUAUAACAGAAGCUUUAAUGGGAGAGAAGGAAAUGGACAAUCACAAAGGCCGGCAUUUGUAAGACAUGCACCACCACCUGUUCAGCCAAUUCCUCCUCAGUUUAUGACAGCUCAGCCUAUUCAGCCUUAUGCCAGCCCUGUGCCGUUCCCUCCUGAUAUGGCAGCGUCAUAUUAUCCCCGUAUACCUUUUAUGACGCCUCUUGCACAUGGUCCAGUCUUCUACCAUGUUCAAGAUCCUCCAUUACACAUAAAACUACAGAACCAAAUACAGUAUUAUUUUAGUGAUGAGAAUUUGGUUACAGACGUAUACCUUCGUAGUUUUAUGGAUGAGAACGGUUUUGUUCCGCUACGUGUGGUUGCUGGUUUCAAAAAGGUUGCAGAACUUACAGAUAGUAUCCAGCAAAUAGUGGAGGCUCUACAAAAUUCACCUGUUGUUGAAGUGCAGGGUGACCUAAUAAGGAAGCGACAUAAUUGGGGAAAAUGGGUGAUCCAAAUGAAGGCCCCUGCAGAGUCGAGCCCCCAAUCUGUGGAUAGGGCAGAUGCAGUAGGAAGCAGACUUGGAAAGCUGUCUCUUGAUCAGAGCUCAGCGGAUACCAUUGGUGGUUCAAGCAGUCAGUUGCAACCAAGGGAAGCUCUUUCAGAUGUUGAUCAACAGUCUUCUGGUGUUGCGCCAGCGAGCAACCACAACGACUCAGAUGGUGCAAACCGUUGAACCGUCGCUGUUGUUGGUGAGUGUGUUGGACAUGAAUAUAUUAUUUUGUCCUGCCGAAAAUCAGGAAAACAAUAAUAAUGAAGGGGAAUCCGAAAAACGAAAGGAAAAAGGUAAGACAUAAAAGCAUAAAGAGAAGAGAGUGAGAGACCCAUUUUAUAUUAUUAAAAAAAAAAAAAUAAAAAAAAAGGAUCAAACAUUUGUGAUUCUUCUAGCUAGCGGAAACUUUGGCAUAUUUAUGGUCUUUUUUAAAACAUAUCUUUUGGCUUUUGGAUAUUUUUGGAUGCUAAUAACUUUUUAUUUAUUUAUGUUUAUGCUACUUUGCUACACAUACAAUGGUUAUUAUGGUUGCUUGUAGCCAUCGUUAUGGUUUGGGGGAUUUAUUGGUUUUGCUU